CCUCGCCAUGGCUCGCGAGCUCAUCGGCCCUCAGCUGCCGCCCGGUUUCCAGCGCUGCGCAGAGGCUGACCCGGAUGAGGACUUCAGCCAGGUUGCAGGACCAGCAUUGCCUCCAGGCUAUAAAAGCAGCUGUAGCUCAGAAACUCCUGACAGCGAUGAUGACUCAGAAUCAGUUCCUCUACCCAGAGAUACAAACAGAGAUUCUGAAGAGGAGACAGGAGAUCCUGCACCCAAAAAGCCAAAAAGAAAUCAGGAAGAUGAUGAUGAUGAUGGCUUUUUCGGGCCUGCGCUUCCUCCUGGAUUUAAAAAACAGGAUGAUUCUCCAGAGAGGCCCAUUAUAGGUCCUGCAUUACCUCCUGGCUUUAGGAGACCUUCACAGGACACAGGGAAUAGCAGAUGCCCCAUAGGACCAUCUGUUUCAUCGGAAUUCCAUACCCAGGUAACAGAUAGUAGUGAGGAAGAAGAUGAAAUUAUAGGCCCGAUGCCUGCAAAGGGACCAGUGGAGUCUGAUGUCACCAAAGAAUUUGAACGCAGAGCUCAGAGAAUGAAGGAAAAACUUACUUCAGCAGACAGCGAUGAACCCAAGCAGAUUACCAGGGAAUCAUGGAUGACAGAGCUUCCACCUGAAUUGAAAAGCUUUGGAUUUGGCCCAAGAACAUUCAAGAGAAGAGCUGAUGACAAAUCAGGAGAUAGAUCUAUUUGGACAGAUACUCCAGCUGACAGAGAGAGAAAAGCCAAGGAAAGAGAAGAGGCAAAAAAGUCAACCAGUAAGGAUGAUGAAGAAAUCGUGUUAUCUGGGAGAGAUAAGAGGCUUGUUGAGCAGGUGACUUCAUACAAUGAGUCAAAGAGAUCGGAAUCUCUGAUGGACAUACAUCAGAAAAAGCUAAAGAGCAAGGCAUCUGAAGAAAAGAACAAACCUCAGGAAAGAAGGCCUUUUGACCGGGACCAGGAUCUCAAAGUUCAUCGAUUUGAUGAAGCACAAAAGAAAGCUCUUAUAAGAAAAUCCCGAGAUCUGAAUAGUAAAUUUGAGCACAGUAAAGGCAAUAUGUUUUUAUAGCAUAUAAGCAUGAAGCUUUUUUGGAAACUUUGAAUACUUAAUUUUUUAAGUAUUUUCCUGUAAAUAUUUGUAUGCAAAAUAAAUAUCCUCAUGUUUAAUUAUUUUUCCUUGUCUGUAAAUAUUCUGUUAGGGAGGAUCAUCUCUACUAAAGCUAAACUGGUAGAGGAAAAUCCUAGUAUAAAAAAGGUAAUGUAAAUUUGCUAAUUUAAAACAUUGAGAAAUAUAUUUUUUGCUAGCAUAGGAAUACUUAGCAUAGGUAUUAUUUUAAGGAGCUCUACAUUUGAUUCUUAGAUUCCUUUAGCUCCUGUGUGUAUGUGACAAAGUUGAAGGGAGAGUUGUGUUACUUAUUUAAAAUUAGACUUACACUUACAUCCUUUUUCUCUUGAGUAAUGUUUGGGAUCCAUUCUGAGGAGUUACUGAGAGUAUCUGUGUAUGAAAAUAGUCUUACAUGAGAGAUGCUAACUUGUUCAGAAAUGUGACAUAUUUUGUGUGUUAAAUACUAUGAGAUUCACUGUAAAAAGGCUACUGUGACAGAUGGUGUCUGGAUUGGUUUGUGUUAAUGGAGCAGUGGCACCACAAGCCCCAGGAAUAAGUGGCUAAAAAGUUGGUCUUAUUUUAUUGCCCAUGUGCAUGAGCCCACGGCACAGUCUUCAUGUGCUGCAAAGUCUGAGAAUGUUCAGUAUCACAAAUCAAUGAUUACAUAAAAUAUAUUUAGGUUCUGUGCUUUUUUUUUAAGUAGACAAUUCAUUUUGCCACCUGAAAAAUCUGCCGCCUUCAGGAAGAAGAGUGACUGGCUUUGUAAUAGGUUUAGUUUUAAUCAGCUUUGAGUUCUUGAGUCUUUUAUCUUUGAGGCAAGAGGAAGGUUUAAACAAGCACCUUUUAGUUUUCCUCCCAUAAAACAGGCUUCUCUAGUGCCCCAUGAUUUUAGCCCAGCAAGCAAGGCCUUGCUAAGUUUUUUUUCCUUGUGGAUUGUUGCCUUCCCCUUUUUGGGAGCUCCUCUGCAGCUGGGGGUUAAAUAACAUGUCUAGCAGUUCAGCAAAUGUAGAUUCCUAAACUGGAAAGGCACUAUUAGGAAUAUUUGGAAGUCUUUUUGGCAACUAAAGCAAUGCCAGUGUGAGCAUCACAUGAUUGGCUAAAUCUCCAUGGUUGACAAAAAUGAUCCUUAUACACUUUUGGGUACCCUGCUGCCUUGAGAAAUAAAUUAUCAAGCAUUGCCUUAUGCUGAAAGAGCUGCUUUCGUGAGCACAUUGUGCAGUUCAGACAUUGUGCAUCCCUCAUUCAGACAAGUCUGUAGCAGGAAUGAGGGCUGUUUGUAUUAAAAUUUUGUUGUUGUUACA